AUGAGUAUAUCAGCACGCGGCGAGAAAAUCAGCCCCACUAUUACGCAAUACACGUGUCACGCAUAUCAGGCAACGACAUAUUGGAGGAAUGGUUAUAUAACUUCGCCUAUUAAUGAAGAUAGGAAUGGAGAUGAUUUCGGUGCUUCAUGUGAAACAGAUGCUGAGGAACAUAUGCCGCGUACUAUUAUUGCUCCAAGAGAGAAAACUCGAGAUGGCUUGAUACAUGCCCAUGGUCGGUCAGACAAUGAAUAUUCGCAUAACAGCCCUAUAAUAAAAGGGAAAAAUCGAAUUAAUUCGACACAUAAUUGGUAUGACACCAUCGAUCCACCAUUGACGCCAUCGAUCGGCUCGAGACAUAAUGACAAUGAUGCGGGAAAAAUUGGCCGAGCUAAGAAUACGUACAGUUAUAAGUAUACGUACAGAGAAAUUGAAAAGGAAAAGGAAAAUUUUAAUAAUCAAUUUUCACACGCAGAAGGUCCAAUUGUUGAUCAUUUAAAAAAAUUAACGAGGGAAGUAGCAUCAGUAAAAUAUGAUGUGAGGCAAAUACUGACCUUAGUAGACAUAGUGGACAAAAUUAAUAAAGACACAGAAUGUGAGAGAACACAAAUUUCCUUUGAGGGCGCUGAAAACCGGUUUCCCUUGCAAACCGUAGUUCAGUUAGCGGAAGUUGAGGAGAUCUUGAAAGCGUCAAAUUCCCAACAUAACACUGAAAUACGCGGAUAUAUCAAAUCCAUCGGAGGGACAAGUGUCGAUGAUGCCGUAAAGAGAACAUUGUAUAAAGUAUUCUCCAAUAAAUUGGCGGAGAGAUAUAACUGGGAAGGCCGACGCGGAAAGGAACCACUGCAGAAACUGGAAGUGAUGAAAGUUAUUUUCAGAUCCAUACUUCACAAUAUCCCGGAUUCCGACCAGAGAAAAAUACAACGACGAGUUAUGGAGUGGUUCCGACAUUCCAAGGCGAGGCAUGAAAAUGAGGAGAAGCGGAUGAAUAGACGCGAAGCAAUGUAGCGAGAUCGCAGAGACUGGACCGAUGAAGACCGAUGAAGCCAGUGAUAUGCGCGGACGAAGCCUCUCCCUGUUAGAAUUGUUCCAGGACCUCAAUUGUUAAAAUCGAAAAUUUUCCUAUGCGAAAGACGCUACGCGAUUCUUCAGAUUGGUAUAUAUUUUUAAAUUUAAAAGUAUAUACCAAUCACACACACACACA